UGGGCACGUGCCAUUAACUGCUCAGAACGGGAACACGUCGCUAUUAUGGAGCCACGAAAUCAGCCCCCUGGACGCCCGAAAGAAACGACCCGUCCCGCUGGCCUCCGCAGUCUUUUGCUGGAAUUUUUAGACCGGGCUGGCAUGGACCUGGCUGUCCUAACAUUCUUCGUAUGUACCGUGACAAUCUGCGGCCCUUUGAAGUUCUACCUCACUGGAACCUACACACAAUUGCACUUUCCGACGCAAGGAGAGCAUCUUCCAAGGAGUUUCUAUGACACGAACGAAUCUGCGGGCUACAGCAAUGAUAUAGUGCCAGACAUACUGCACUUGGUUAGGUGCAAUUCCACCAAAGUGGACUUCAUUGACGUGGUUACCCUCCGAUCCAUAUAUUUGAACCAUCGGCCGGAGAAGAUAUACGUUCACUGCAGUCCUUGCGGCUUUGAAGGGAACUACGCCCGUUUUCUGGAAGGCAUCAACUUCACCUUCAUCCCCGCAGUUUUCCCCACAGAGAUAUUUGACAUUCCCAUAAAGAAAUCUCACCACUCAACCGACGUGCUCCGCCUCAAAGCUCUGAUGCACUACGGAGGCUUCUACUUUGACCGAGACGUGUUCGUGGUACAAUCUCUGCGACGCUUCCUGCGAUUCGAGGCAUCCGUGGGCUUUGGGAGCCGGGACUCCAUGGGAAACAGCCUGAUGUUUUUUCACAACAAUUCGCGCUUCCUUCGGCUCUACCUAGACAGCUACCGCCAGUUGAAUGACUCGCGUUGGAAUUACAAUGCGGGUGAGCUGCCCACCAAAGCUCUACUCGAACGGCAUCCGCAUCUCGUCCAUCGAAUGCACUACGGCCUGGAAACCGGCCUGGACAUGCUUGGCGUCCUCUACGAGCCGCACGCCUACCCGCACUGGCGGCAUGCCUUUGCCAUGCACCUUCUUUCGCAGAACCGCGGGGAGACGCCACACGAUCCACUGCGCGCAGCUCCGUUCAACGAAACCAACAUCCGGGACCUCGACAACGCCUUUGGACAGAUGGCGCGCUCGGUUCUGUUCGGAACCUCCGCCUUCGUGACCCCGGAUGCCCCUAUUGUCAGCGUCGCCGAGCUCGCGGCUAGAAAGGACCGCGGCGAGAACCUGACCAGCAUGCACCCCGGAAAUGAGCGCACAUUUUUUUACCCUGUGAUAAACGCCACCAAAUAGAGCUUUUCAGGUUUGAAUGACACCGCUAACGCAAGUUCGCAUGCAGUUAGUAUACUGGGUGCUCUCAAACUGUGCAUUAGUUUUCAAAAAUUUUAAAGGUUCUGGUUUACCGAACAGGGCCAGCGUGCCUGAGCUGUACUGUUGUGAUGUAUCGUGUAGACAAUCUUUGCUGAGGAUAUGCAGUGACAAGUGUUAGUGGUUACCGCCAUUCAUGCUUUUUUUGUUGUUGUGACUGCCGUCAUUAACCACCAUCCCUUGCUGGAAACCUACAUGAAAGGGUCAGCUUCCAUUUUCUAUUGACCUUCUAUGUGCUGAAGCAAGAUAACUUUUCCUACUUGCGCAGAUGACGUGUGACGUCGAUGUUCCUAUCGUAACAUUUGCAGUGGCUCCGGUGCAAAGUUCUGCUUGUUAAUUUUCUGUAACCUACAGAGCACCUACAGACGCGAGACUAAUGAAGAGCAGAAACAACGUGCAAGAGAUUUGAAAAAGACAAGGUGUUGUUCCUGUGAACACCGUUACGGUGAAGAAGGGAUGGGUGUACAAAUAUCGUUUACUCGAAUUUAUCCUCAGCAUCAACACUCAUUCCACUUUACCGCACAUUAUUUGACCCAAAACCACCAAAUAAGUGAGCUUCCCUGGGAUAGUCAAAACCCGAUGACAUCUUCAGGCACUCCUGAAAGCAAAAACAAGGUAACGCAAGGCACCCGUUUGCAAUUUUAGCCUGCUUAAGCUUGGAAAUAUUACAUAGUUCGCUGAACUCUGUAUCUAACUUGCUUUCUUGUACUUAGGAGAUCCUCGUAUUUCAUCUACACAGCUGCUGAGGUUGAUUGUGUUUGGCAGUUCGGGCCCUUACAGCACAAGAGUCAAAGGAAGUAAAUAAAUCUGAAGGUGUUUGCCUAGCGAAA